AUGACUCAUCGGAAAAACUACACCGAUACUGCAUAUACACGUCUAAAAAAUUUUGUGAUGCUCUUCCUUAAAAAAGAACAACUAUUUUUUUUUUUUCUUUUUUCUUUUUUUUCACUUUCUAUCCCACCAGCAAUGCUUAGGUUAAGACCAACUAUACGCUCGUUGAGUAGAAAUUUCCACCGUUCGUGUAUCAACUUAGAUGCCGUAGUGGUUUCCGGAACCAAGUUGGCAAACACCAUCAGAGCCAACGUGGCAGAAAAAGUUAUCAAUUACAACAAAGAACAUUUUGGCGACAACAACAAAUCUUUUGAAAAUUUUAGAUUUCAGCCAAGUUUGACCAUUUUACAGGUCGGGUCAAGACCAGACUCUUCUGCGUAUGUCAAGUCCAAGCUAAAGGCAGCAGCCUCCUCAAAUAUCAAAUCAAAACUAAUCAAACUAGACGAAUCCAUCUCCCAAGAAGAUUUAGUUGAAGUGAUAGAACGUUUAAAUAAAGAUCCAAAGGUGCAUGGGAUUUUAGUGCAAUUGCCAUUACCAAAACAUAUUGACGAGUCAGUUAUCACCAAUUCUGUCGCUACCGAUAAAGAUGUCGAUGGGUUUGACCAUUACAAUGUUGGCCAAUUAUCGAAAAGGGGCGGUACACCAUACUUCAAACCAUGUACGCCAAACGGUAUAAUGGAGUUGAUCAAGACUACUGGUAUUCCACUAAGAGGUAAAACUGCGGUCGUCAUUGGUAGAUCUGACAUUGUUGGUACUCCAGUUGCUACAAUGUUGAGAAACGAAGAUUGUACCGUUACCGUGUGCCACAGAUACACGCAAAACUUGCCGGAAAUCGUGAGACAGGCCGACAUUGUUGUUGCUGCAGUUGGUAUUGCAGAAUACGUUAAAGCCGAUUGGGUCAAAGAUGGUGCUAUUGUUAUAGACGUUGGUAUUAACUACAAAGAUGACCCAACUGCAAAAAGAGGAAGACGUUUGGUGGGGGACGUUGACUAUGAAGAAGUCGCCAAAAAGGCUUCCUUUAUCACACCUGUCCCUGGAGGUGUGGGCCCAAUGACAGUGGCAAUGUUAUGCUCCAACGUAUACGAUGCUGCAUUAAUCCACGCCAAGAAAGCCCAUGAGCACGGGUUCAAGCCUUUGGAACUCAACAUCAAGGACCCAGUUCCGUCAGAUAUUGAAAUUUCAAGAAACCAAAAGCCAAAGAAAAUAACCAGGGUCGCUCAAGAAUUGGGUAUACUAGAUGCAGAAUUAGAGCCAUACGGCCACUUCAAGGCUAAAGUCGACCCCAAGAGCGUGAUUGAAAGAUUGGACGAGCAAGCUGAAGGUUCUGCUCAAGACAAAGGUAACUAUGUUUUGGUGGCCGGGAUCACCCCUACACCUUUGGGUGAAGGUAAAUCCACCACCACUAUGGGAUUGACACAAGCUCUUGGUGCGCAUUUGGGAUACAACGCAAUCGCUAAUGUUAGACAGCCGUCAAUGGGACCAACAUUCGGUGUCAAAGGAGGUGCUGCUGGAGGUGGUUAUGCUCAAGUCAUUCCUAUGGACGAGUUUAAUAUGCAUUUGACUGGUGACAUUCAUGCAAUCUCUGCUGCCCAAAACUUAUUGUGUGCUGCUGUCGACACAAGAAUGUUCCACGAAUCUACAUCCAAGACUACCAGUGGGUUUUACAAGAGAUUGGUGCCUAUUAAAAAGGGCAAGAGAAGUUUCACCCCUUCCAUGCUUAAGAGAUUGGAAAAAUUGGGUAUCACCAAAACUAACCCAGACGACUUGACUGCUGAAGAAAUUGAAAAAUUUGCCGUGCUCAACAUCGACCCCGAUUCCAUCACCAUCAAGAGAGUUGUGGACUGUAACGAUAGAUUUGUCAGAGAAAUUACAAUCGGCGAAGGUAAAAACGAGGCUAGCAAAUACCCACCUCGUAAAACUGGUAUGGACAUUACUGUGGCCAGUGAGUUGAUGGCUAUUUUGGCAUUGUCCAACUCCCUAAAGGAUCUUAGACAGAGAGUUGGUAAGCUUGUGGUUGGUACUCAACGCAAAACCGGCGAGGCCAUCACCGCCGAAGAUAUUGGCUGUGCUGGAGCAAUAACUGCUUUAUUAAAAGACGCCAUUAAACCAAACUUGAUGCAAAGUCUUGAAGGUACUCCUGUUUUCGUGCAUGCCGGACCAUUUGCAAAUAUCUCAAUUGGUGCUUCGUCGGUUAUUGCCGACAAGCUUGCACUUAAGUUGACCUCACCAUCAAACCCAAUUAACAAUGGCGAAACUGGUUUUGUUGUCACUGAAGCUGGUUUUGAUUUCACAAUGGGCGGUGAAAGAUUCUUUAACAUUAAAUGCAGAGCUUCUGGGUUAAAACCAGAUGCUGUGGUUUUGGUUGCUACUUCCAGGGCAUUGAAAUUACACGGUGGCGCUACUGAUGUCAAACCUGGCCAGCCAUUGCCAGCAGAAUACGUUAACGAGAACCUUGAGUAUCUUGAAAAAGGGUGUGCCAACUUGGCCAAACAAAUCGCCAACAUCAAACAAUACAACGUCCCCGUUGUUGUGGCCAUCAACCAGUUUGAAACAGACACCGAUGCCGAAAUCAAAUUAAUCCAGUCUCUUGCAUUGAAAGCUGGUGCCGAUUUCGCUGUUCCAUCCAACCACUGGGCUAAAGGUGGUGCCGGAGCCGUUGAGCUCGCUUCUUCAGUCGUCAAAGCUGUCGAGUUGGCACCAUUGGAACAACAAAAGUACCUCUAUGAUGUGAACGAUACCGUCGAAAAUAAAUUAUUGGCUAUUACCACUAAAAUGUAUGGUGCGUCAGGAAUCGAGUUAUCUCCAUUGGCCAAAAAGCAAAUAGAGACAUACACCAAGCAGGGGUACGACAAGUUGCCAAUUUGUAUUGCCAAAACCCAGUACUCUUUGUCGCACGACUCAUCGUUAAAGGGGGUGCCAACCGGGUUUACUGUUCCAAUUAGAGAAGUAAGAUGCUCGGCAGGUGCUGGUUAUUUGUAUGCUUUGGCAGCAGAAAUAAUGACUAUUCCUGGGUUGCCAACCCAUGCUGGUUUUAUGAACGUAGAAGUAAACGACGAAGGUGAAAUAGAAGGAUUAUUUUAA